AUUCAUACCACUCACGGUUUCACGAACCAAAACCCAUUCGCAUGAGAGAGAGAGAGAGAGAGAGAGAGAGAGAGAGAGAGAGAAGAACGGUUCCAGAGAGAGAGAAAAUGCAGGCGAGCUUAGAGGAAUCGAAACUAACCUCAUCUCCGAGCUUGACUCCUGAAUUUUCCGAACAGUUUAACUGCAAAAUGAAACUCCUCGACUUGGAAAACCCAUCGAGGUUUAUUGAAGAAGAAGAAGAAGACGACGACGAAGAAGAAGAAGAAUUCACGUUUGCGUGUGUAGGCGCGGAGGAGUCUACGGUUUCGGCCGAAGACGCGUUCCACGACGGUCAGAUCAAGCCGGUUUUCCCAUUGUUCGACCAGAGCCUUUUACUCGAUCGCGAUUCGGCGCCGGGGAGGGAAGAUUUGCCCCGUCGACCUCCGGUGAAGAAGGUAUUCAUCGAAGCAGAGGAUUCUCCUUCUCCGACAGCGGCAGAAGAGAAAAUCGAUGGAUUAGAGGGAGAAAAUGCAGCCGAAAUGUACUGCGCGUGGUCCGGAAAAGCCGUCGAAGCAUCGCCGGAGAUCUGCAAGAAGAGCAACUCGACCGGAUUCUCGAAGAUCUGGAGGUUUCGCGAACUGGCGAAUAGGAGCAACAGCGACGGCAGAGACGCGUUUGUUUUCCUAAACAACAACAACGAGAGCAAAACGACGUCGCCUUCGAAGACAGAGGAGAAAAGAGAGGGCGAGGUUAAGCCGGCGUCUGUUUCCUCGAACAACAACGAGAGCAAAACGACGACGCGUCCGAAGAGCGAGGAGAAGUGCGAGGUUAAUAAAGCAAACAGCGAUGACGGGAGAGGGAGAGGGAAAGCGAAAUCGAACGGGAAGAAGAAGAAAGAAACGCCGCCGUUGUCGGCUCACGAGUUGCAUUACGUGAGGAACAGGGCGUUGAGGGAGGGGGAUCGACGGCGGUCGUAUUUGCCGUACAGGCCUGAGCUCGUUGGGUUCUUCACCAACGUUAAUGGCGGGUUAAGCAGAAACGUACACCCAUUUUAAGCACGAAUUUUUUCCUCUCUGGUUUUUUUUUUUUUGGGAAUAAUUUCAUUCAAUUUUUUGGAAUGUUUCUUGUGUAUGCUUUGUAUAUGAAACUAUGGAAGUUGGGAAAUAGGUUAACAGAGUUGGUUGGUUGAUUUAUUUGUACAUGUAAAAGGUAUACGAGAGUGCCUCAAUAACAUCUCUAAUAUUCAAUAUUUCAAUGAUUAAAAAUUGAUCUUGGAACUAA